AUGCCGCCGCAUUUGGACCUUCCGCGGAGCACCCACGCCAAGAUGAUUGCAUCCCGGCCUCAGCUUAAUCUGCGAAGAGCCGCGUCAUAUCAAGGCGAUAGGGGCGCCAAGUCGUCCACGUCGUCGCGAUUCAACUUCAACCACCUCAUAUUCUCCCCGCCACCUUCACCCGGACUACCAGCUUUGGUGCCCCGACCACGAAAAUCACCUACCACCCCGAGGCCAAGUCGAGUUCUCCGAGUCGUCGCAUGGAUAUCUGGGCUGGCUUUGUUCCUAAUCGUGGCGACAAGUUUUGUGCGAAGGGAUGGACAAGUGCCCGUUGUAGGGUGGGCGUUGAAGGACGGCCGGGAAGAAUACGAGAUGAUUGGCCAGUAUGACCUGCCAGAGUUCCCGACACCCAUUGCUGUCACGGACCGUCAUGGAAGGUCGAAAUGGACCGUCUCUAUUCCUCCCACCUAUGCUUUCCCGCUUACCGUGGCCGAGUACUCGGAUAUAUGCGCCAAGUGUCAGGAGGUUGCCGCUCACGUGAGAGAGCUCCACGGAAGCUCGCACCCGUCGCAACAAGCUUCACCAGACUACUACUACGAGGAUCCCUACUUCGUGGAUGUCGGUGAAGCCCAGAAACGGGGCUUGUUGCCGGGUGUAGAGGGCAAAGCUUGGAAAGUAACAGCUCAAGCUCAAGAUGGUCAUUUAGUGGGUGAGCAGAAGGAUGGUUUGGUCGACAAGGGUACGUGCAAGACAUCCUUGACGUUCGUCCUCGAAUCACCCGAUGCUGGACUGGGUCCUACUUUGAUGAUGCUAUGGAUGGCGUAUGGCUUGGCUCAGAAGGAAAAGCGAUCAUUCUUCAUCGACGACUCACGGUGGGCGUAUGGCGAUUACACGACUAUUUUCAAGGCACCGACAGCGCCAUCCUGCAAACCCCCGCCAAGACACGAAAUGCUUCCCUGUCCUCACAACGCACGACACCUGGUCGUAUCGCCCGCAACGGCCCGUGAAAGUUUUGGGACCAGCUUUAGCGCCGAGUAUGAGAACCUCAAGCGGGACGACAUUAACCGAGAGCGGCCCAUGUAUGAUCUCGCCCGAGCUGGUUAUGAAGCUUUGUUUCAUCUAAACGACGACGACCAGCCAUAUGUGGAAACCCGCGUGAAGGAGCUGAGGGCAAAGGCAAAGGCACCUCAGGGGGGCUACGGUGAUGGCACUAUUGUUGGAGUUCAUAUCCGACAUGGUGAUCUACACCCAUACGAGUAUCAGUACAAUGGUGCAUACGUACCCUUGGAACUCUACAGGCAGAAGGCUAGGGACAUCAUAGACGACCGUCACAAUUUCAGCACGCUUCUGGGAGGGGAAGAUGUGGCCGCAAAGAGACGCUCGUUCGUGGUCCUUGCGUCGGAUGAUCCUGACGUGUAUGAGACUGACGAGUUUUCGAGCUCGGUCAGGGCUCAGGAGCAAAUCAAGCUAGCAAGCAAACAACACAUCCAGGACGCGAAUCCCGAUGGAUCUGUUAUGCACAAGUUCGUCGACGAGACUUUCGGCUGGGAAGGAGGUUUUUUCGCCAGCAUGUUCUGGAACCUGGGCCGUUCGACGCUGAACAACGGCAACGCGGCAGAGGGCGACCUGCAGACGUCGUUGGAACCGUCGGCCGAGACCAUGCGGCUUAGAGGGCUAAUUGGACGGGCCUACAUCCUGGACCUGGCCGUGCUCGGCCAAGCGAGCGACGCCGUCAUCUGCACUAUGAGCGCAGGGGGCUGUCGGCUCCUGGCCGUGAUCAUGGGCUGGGAGAAGGCGAUGGACAAUGCCAACUGGGUAAACAUCGACGGCGACUUUCGGUGGACGGGGCUGUCGUUAUGA